ACAUGCUGUGCGUCAGAGCGCGUUUCCAUCACAGCGUGUUCCAUUCUGAGCCUCAGCCAAUCAGAGCCGGGGAAUCGCUCAAAGCAGGAAGUCGUCAUUCUGGCAGAGCAGUGUUCCCGCGAAGAUUGAGAGCUCUCGCCGGUUUGUCACGGACCCCUGGAAGUCCCUGCACCACAUUUUGGGUACCACUGCACGAUGAGCAAGAGGAAGGUGGAAGAUGCUCAUUUGCCAGCAGGAGAAUGCAUCACACAGCUUCAGGACAUUUUAAGGAAGCGGUUCUGCCGUCAGGAGCUCCCCGUCAGGCCGGAGGGAGUGCAGGCUCAACACAAACACCUCCUCGAGCUGCUGAAGCGGACGGCCGUCCACGGGGAGAGUAACUCGGUGUUAAUCGUCGGUCCGAGGGGAGCAGGAAAAACAAUGCUGCUGAAGUGUGUGUUGAGAGAUCUUGUGGAGGAAAAAGAUGUGCAGAAAAACCUGCUGCAGGUUCAUCUCAGUGGGCUCCUGCAGACUGAUGACAGAAUAGCACUAAAAGAAAUAACGCGGCAGCUCCACCUGGAAAACGUUGUUGGUGACAAAGUGUUUGGAAGUUUUGCAGAGAAUUUGUCUUUCUUGCUGGAGGCGUUGAAGAGAGGCGAUCGCAGCAGCAGCCGCCCGGUGUUGUUCAUCCUGGAUGAGUUCGACCUGUUUGCCCAUCACAAGAACCAGACGCUGCUCUACAACCUGUUUGACGUCUCCCAGUCCGCUCAGGCUCCCAUCGCUGUGGUUGGCUUGACCUGCAGACUGGAUGUUUUGGAGCUGUUGGAGAAGCGGGUAAAGUCCCGAUUUUCCCACCGUCAGAUCCACCUGCUGAGCAGCCCGACGUUCCCUCAGUACCCGGAUCGGGUCCGAACUCAACUCAGCCUCCCAGACGAGUUCCCCGACAGCAAGUUCGCUCAGGACUGGAACGCCAGCGUAAAGACUCUGUGUGAGGACAAAUCAGUUCAGGAGGUUUUACAGAGACACUUCAACUCCAGCAAAGACUUCCGUUCGAUGCACAUGCUGCUGAUGUUGUGUCUGAGUCGUGUGUCCGUAGCCAAACCUGCCAUCAAACCCGCAGACCUGCUGGAGGCCAGCAGACUGUAUUUUGCUGACGCCAAGGCGAAUAUGCUCCACGGUCUGUCCAUCUUGGAGCUGUGCCUGAUUAUCGCCAUGAAACACCUCAACGAUGUCUACGAAGGAGAGCCGUUCAACCUCCAAAUGGUUCACAACGAGUUUAAGAAGUUCCUGCAGAGGAAGUCGAACUCCAUGUACAACUUUGACCAGCCUGUCAUCCUGAAGGCCUUCGAGCACCUGCAGCAGCUGGAGCUGAUCCGGCCGGUCGACAGCUCCUCGGCCAAAACUCAGAGGGAAUACCAGCUCAUGCGGCUGAUGCUGGACCACAGUCAGAUCAUGGAGGCCCUGCAGAAGUACCCCCAAUGCCCCACUGAUGUCAAGCAGUGGGCCAUGUCGGCGUUCGGCUAAGAUUCUGCAUGCAUACGGAAACAAGCACGACAGCUUGAAGCAGAGACCAAAAUGAAACAUCUCUGACCUGACUCAGGGAGAAAACAUGGCAGCCAGCAGUGCACGUGUGUGAAGGAAUAUACAGAGUAGAAUGUGACUGAAAAGCCACUUUGGAAGCCAUUUUUCUUUUUCUAAAUAAAGUCCUCUGUUAACUAAUAAAUAUCAAACCAUUGAUGCACAGCAGAUUUACCAGAAACUAUUUGAAUGCAAAGACUGAAAACCUGUCAACUGUAUUUAGGAGAACUUGGCUACAAGUCCAGCUGUGAUCGAGCGGAUCACCAUAACUGCUCCAGCUGUGUGUGAAGUCACAAGUGAAUCUUCAGUUAGACUUCCUGCGAGCCGAGAUCUGUUAAGAUUAUUUUAAAAUGAUUGGACUUCAUGAGUAAUCCUCUGUUGGAAAAUUGUUUCUUGAAUUUCACCUUUAAAAAAAAGUCUGCAGUUUGUCUGCUGAAUGCUGCCAUCUAGUGGCGAUAGUCUGCACUCAACAUUAAGCUGGGGACAGGAAGUACAAAAACACUCACUAAAUAAUGGAUGUUAAAGCUUCUAAAUGUGCAUGUGAUAUUGAUCAGUGGUUCAAUCAUGACAGCGUGAUGCCCACAUGAGAGAAGAUCACAUGACCCUGCACAGACUGUACUUAAAUGCAGUUAACAGGUCUAUUAUUAACAUCUUCUUUAAUUUCCAUAAAUUGUUUUAUUUCCUGAGUAUUUUGUAAUACAGUCUUGUGGUUUUUCAUGAUAAUUAAACAUAUGGUUUUAUACUGUCUGGUACC